AUAACGUCUAUUUGGAGCACCACGGUCCAUCCAUGUCGUGAGCGCCUUGAAUGAGGUUACAUGGCUGUAGGGUUGUGCGUAUCGUAGCUCAGUGGGAAGACCUUUUACCUAGUUGUACAUCGACCAGAAUUGUUGGACGUUUCUCAUCCAGAAUGUGGGGUAUUUUAACCAGAACGACGUUUAAAAUGGGGAUGGAGAAAACCAGUGGGUUGGUGAGGCCGGUCUCUGCGACCAAGCUUGCUGGCCGCUUCCUCGCCCAUCAAGAAGGGCUGCCAAGCCUUCCGGUGCCAGCCCUGCAGCAGACGUGCGACCGCUACCUGGCGGUGCUGGAGCCCAUCGUGGAGACAGAGAAGCUGAAGCGCACCAGGGAGCUGGUGACAGACUUCCAGAAAGCGGGUGGCAUGGGGGAGAGGCUCCAGAAGAGCCUUGAGAAGAGAGCACAGGGCACUGAGAACUGGCUGUCUGACUGGUGGGUGCUGUGUGCCUACCUGGACUACAGACUGCCUGUAGUGAUCCACUCCAACCCUGGGCUGCUCCUACCCCGGUUCGACUUCCGCGACAAGCAGGGACAAUUGAGGCAUGCGGCCAAAUUGAUUGCUGGGGUUUUGGACUUUAAGGCACAGGUUGACAACGAGACGCUGCCCGUGGAGCACAUGGGCCGGAGGCCUCUGUGUAUGAACCAGUACUACCAGCUCCUGUCCUCCUGCCGCGUGCCCGGCAUACACAGAGACUCAGUGGUCAACCACGCCAAGGGGCCCACGGCCUCCAGGCACAUGGUGGUGGCCCACCACAACCAGUUCUUCACUCUGGAUGUGUACAACGGUGACGGCUCGCCACUCAACGAGGACCAGCUGCUCGUCCAGCUGCGGAAGAUCUGCGAGGCCUCACCGCAGAGCAGCGAGGAGCCCGUGGGAAUCCUCACCUCUCAGGACCGCAACGUCUGGGGCAAGGCUUACCUGGAACUCAUCAAGGAUCCGACAAACAAGGAAUCGGUGGAAGCCAUCCAGAGGAGCAUUUUCACACUGAGUCUGGACUCCAUGUCCCACCAUGCAUUGGGUGAGACGGACCACAGUGGCGCGGCGCAACAGAUGCUCCACGGGGGAGGCAGCCAUCUGAACAGUGGCAAUCGGUGGUUCGACAAAACACUGCAGUUUAUCCUUGGAGAGGACGGCAUGUUUGGCCUCAACUAUGAGCACGCCCCUGCAGAAGGCCCGCCCAUAGUGGCCCUGAUCGACCAUGUUGAAGAAUGCAUGAAGAAGGCGGACAUGGCCCACUCUCCCACAUCUCCCCUGCCUGCGCCCCGCAAGCUACACUUCAACAUCACGCCGGACAUCCGGAGACACAUCGAGGAGGCCAAGCUCCACCUCAACACGAUGGUCCAACAGCUAGACCUCAAAUUGCUGGUGUUCAAACACUUUGGGAAGAACAUCCCCAAGUCCUUCAAGAUGAGCCCAGACGCCUUCAUUCAGAUUGGGCUCCAGCUGGCGUACUACCGGCUCCACCAGAAGCCUUGCUCCACGUAUGAAAGUGCCUCUUUGCGUAUGUUCAGACUGGGUCGCACAGACACCAUACGCUCUGCUUCAACGGACUCCUCGAACUUCGCCAAGGCUUUUGAUGACCCCGGGAAAAAGAACGCAGAAAAGGUGGCUUUGUUGGAGCGAGCGAUCAAGGCCCACCGGGCGUACACUGAAAUGGCGAUCCAGGGCCAGGCUAUAGACCGCCAUCUCCUCGGCCUCAAGCUGCAGGCCAUCGAGGAGCAGGUAUCGCUGCCGGAGAUCUUCACCGACCCCAGCUAUGCUGCGGCCAUGCACUUUAAAAUGUCUACCAGCCAGGUCCCGGCGAAGUCGGACUGCGUGAUGUGCUUUGGGCCGGUGGUAGAGGAUGGUUACGGAGUGUGCUACAACCCCAAGGACAAGCACAUCAACCUGGUCGUGUCGUCCUUCAGCACGUGCCAGGAGACGGACACGGGGCGCAUGGUGCAGGGGGUGGAGGCCGCCCUGCUGGACAUGAGGACCCUGCUGGAGUCCACACCCAAGGCCAAGCUAUGAAACCCUUACUGUUGACCGCUCGGGUCCAUGAUUAUUUAUAGUUCAAAUGAGGAGAGAGAGGGUCGCCCUGGUGGUCCCUUGGCUUGGGGGACAUUUGGUCUGUUUAUCGGUUAAACAUGCACUUUAGGUCAGCUGGGAUGUGUAUGAUUUGAAGUUCACAUUUCUGCUCGGUUGUGUUUUCUUUCUCUUCUUUUUUGUUUGGUGUUGUCUUAUCCAGUCAAGGGAUACACUCAAAGUGUCACAACCCACGGGUGCCUUCCCUGGUCGCAUUUCACUAUUUCUCCCUCUUAUGUAUUAAGUAUAAGAGUAUUUUUUUUUUAAGGUUUAGAGCGCCGUCUAGCGUAACACCCUUUGCAGUACGUUUUAAUUAGUGUAUGAUCCCAUGAAAAUAUAGUGAUUCGGGUGUUUGCAAUCUGCAACCUUACCACUAUCUUCCACUAGAUCUUACACAUUACACCGUUUUAAUUAAAUUAUUAUCAAAGAAAAAUGUAUUUAAUAGUUCAAUAAGCCAACCACCGUGAUCAGCGGCUUCAUUGUGCAUGUAUGUGCUUUGGACACACUGUGCUGUUAGGAAACUUUGGAUCCAACAUUUGUAAUGUUUACCAGAUUUUUUACCACUUCAUAAUAAUUUUACUGUACGAUUCGUGACAAGUGUCAAACACCGUUGGCAUUACAGUCUACGUUCGCAGUUGCCUCUGGAUCCUGAAGAGAGAAUAUGAAAUUUGUGUAAAGAUGUAUCUUGGAUUAAGACUUGACACACAUACGACAUAAGGCAAAUUACACACUUGAUGCAAGAAAAGUGUAAAAUUAAAUUGUCAAAUAAAUAUAUUAUGUGUAAUUGCCUACCUA